AUGGGUAAAGAUGAUUUUGUAGCAACAGAAGGUUGGUUUCACCGAUGGAAGAAACGUGAAAACAUUUCAUUCGUUAAGCCACAUGGAGAACAGAGAGAAGCAGAUCAAGUAGCUACACGAUCGUGGAUUAAUUCAGAAUGGCCAUCUCUUAUCGCCAAAUAUCCUCCGUCUUGUGUGUUCAAUGCGGAUGAAACUGGGCUUUAUUUCAGGGCAUUACCUGAGCACACUUAUGCGUUUAAAAAUGAAAAAACUAGAGGAACUAAAACUAGUAAAGAACGUCUAACCAUAUUAUGUUGUGCAAGUAUGGAUGGUGAAAAAAGAAAACUGCUCGCGAUUGGUAAAAGUAAAAAUCCUCGGUGUUUCAAGGGUGUUAAGAAUCUACCGGUAGACUAUACUGCAAACAGUAAUGCAUGGAUGACAAAAGAAAUUUUCACCGAAUGGCUGACCAAGUGGGACAAUGAACUUCGUCAUGACGUUUUAUUGCUAGUUGAUAAUUGCACGGCUCAUGUGGUUACAGUGAAAUUCAAACAUAUUAACCUCGUAUUUUUACCCUCUAACACUACAUCAAUCAUACAACCGUGUGAUCAAGGGAUUAUACGCACUUUUAAAGCUUAUUACAGAACAGGCAUGAGAAAGAAUGUGAUCAGUGUGAUUGAUGCUAACCUGGAACAAGAAUUAUGUACCUUACGUGCUCAUGAAAUCGCCAAAAAAAUAACUGUACUUGAAGGUUUGCAUUUAGCCUACGAAGCGUGGAAUAUGGUCAGUAAAAUCACAAUACGUAAUUGUUUCCGACACGGUGGUUUCAUUCUCUGUCCAAAAGAAGUUGAAGCUGCUGUCGAAAGACCCACUGACCUAUCAACUGAACUUUAUAAUGAAUGGAUAAAUAUUGACGAAGAAGUCCAAACUACCGAACUCGUUACCGACGAAGAUAUAUGUGGGGAAAUACAGUCAAAACGGUUUAAAGAGAAUAUGGUUGGUGAUAGCGACGAAGAGGAACCUGAUGAGAAACCACCAUCAACUAAAGAAAUGCUAGAAGCGCUUCAAAUUUUAUGUAGAGGGAUUCAGCAAAGAGGCGAUUUUGACGUAUUCGAGAAACAUAAAUCUUAUGAAGAUAUGAUUAUGAAGUUGGCCGAAGAAGCGAAAAUCCAAUCAACAUUAGACGUAUUCUUAUCAAAAAAUUAA